AUGGAACCUCUGCGGAAGGAGACGAAGGAUAAUCCGUCGGCUACAGCUAAUCUCCUCUCCAAGAUUUUCUUCUGUUGGCUAAAUCCCUUGUUCAGAAUUGGGUACAAGAGGAAGUUGCAAGAAGAUGACAUGUUCAAGGUUCUCCCAGAGGAUGCCUCUGAAAGACUUGGGGAGGAGCUGCAGUGGUACUGGAACCGAGAAGUUAAGCUGGCAGCAAAAGAUCUGCGAAAACCCAAACUUACCAAAGUUCUUAUACAGUGUUAUUGGAGAUCGUACUUACUCAUUGGAAUAUACAUCUUUAUAGAGGAAGUUAUCAAAGUCAUUCAGCCAUUGCUACUUGGAAAACUAAUUGAAUUCUUUGAGAAUAAUGACACGACCGACACAUCUGCAGUGUAUGAAGCCUACAGCUAUGCUGCAGGCAUCUCCCUCUCAACCAUCAGCCUCGCUGCCCUUCAUCAUGUCUAUUUCUACAAUGUCCAAAGACAAGGCAUGAAGAUUCGUGUGGCCAUGUGCCACAUGAUCUAUCGUAAGGCUCUCUGUCUUAACAACACAGCAUUUACAAAAACUACCACAGGACAAAUUGUAAACCUCUUAUCCAAUGAUGUCAACAAAUUUGAUGAGGUAACAUUAUACUUGCACUUUUUGUGGAUUGGACCUAUACAAGCAGCAACUGUGAUCAUUUUGUUGAUGUAUGCGAUUGGCCCAUCAUGCCUUGCGGGAAUGACUGUCUUCUUCGUCCUCAUGCCAGUACAGACAAUGUUUGGACACUUGUUCUCCACUCUCAGGGCUGAAACCGCAGUCUUAACUGAUGACAGAAUACGCAUAAUGAGUGAGGUCAUCUCUGGGAUUCGUGUUAUAAAGAUGUAUGGUUGGGAGAAGCCUUUCGCUGCACUGGUGGAUGAGGUCAGAAGAAUGGAAAUCUCCAAGAUAAUGAAAAGCUCGUACCUGCGUGGCCUGAACAUGGCAUCUUUCUUUGUGGCCAGCAAGAUCAUCAUCUUCGUCACAAUCUGUGUAUACGUGCUGAUGGGGAACAAGUUGUCUGCUAGCAGAGUGUUCAUGGCUAUGUCCCUCUACGGGGCAGUCAGACUCACCAUCACACUCUUUUUUCCCUUUGCCAUAGAGAAGGUCUCUGAGUCUCUAAUCAGCAUCCGAAGGAUAAAAAAUUUUCUUCUUCUGGAAGAAGUUACCCCGCAGCAUCUGGGGCUUCCUGUGGCAGACAAGAGAGACUGUAUAGUGAAGAUUCAGGAUCUAAUAUGCUACUGGGAUAAGAUGCUAGAGGCUCCAACUUUGCAGAAUGUGUCUUUCACAGUGACCUCAGACCAGCUGCUGGCAGUAAUUGGACCUGUUGGAGCUGGAAAGUCCUCGCUCCUCAGUGCCAUCCUGGGUGAGCUGAGUCAGGAAAGUGGUGUGGUCAAGGUCAAGGGAGAGUUGACCUACACUUCUCAACAACCAUGGAUCUUACCCGGUACGAUUCGAAGCAACAUCCUUUUUGGCAAAGAGCUCAACCCCAAGAAGUAUGAUAGAGUUCUGAGAGCCUGCGCCCUCAAGAGAGACAUGGAUCUGUUGCCAGGUGGUGACUUGGCAAUGGUCGGGGACAAAGGGGCCAACCUCAGUGGAGGACAGAAGGCAAGAGUCAGCUUGGCCAGAGCAGUGUAUCAGGAUGCAGACAUUUACUUGCUGGAUGACCCACUCAGUGCUGUGGAUGCUGAAGUAGGCAGACACCUCUUUGAAGAGUGCAUUUGUGGACUUUUGAGGAAGAAGCCUCGUAUCCUGGUUACUCACCAACUACAGUAUCUGAAAGCUGCAGAUCAAAUUCUUGUCUUGAAGCAGGGUCAGAUGGUGGCACGGGGGACCUACAGUGAGUUGAGGCGUUCUGGAUUAAACCUCACCUCCCUGCUGAAGGAGGACGAGGGUCAGGAGGAGGAGAGGCAGGGUACAACUCCCAUCCCUGGGACCAUCUCCUGCUUUUCCCAUACACUCUCUGACAACUCCAUGUCGUCCAUGUCCUCCCUUUCCUCUUCUCGGUACUCUUUGAUUGAGGGGACCGAGCCACUCGCAAUGGUGGUGCAACCAGCUGAGGAGGAAAGCCGCUCAGAGGGAAAUGUCGGCCUGCAUAUGUAUGUGACAUAUUUUAGAGCAGGCGCUAACUUCCUGGUCCUCUUGGUCCUUAUUUUACUCAAUGCUAUAGCACAUGUUACAUUUGUUCUGCAGGACUGGUGGCUUGCUUGCUGGGCCUCUGAACAGAAGCACAUCAAUGUGACAGAGCACCUCAAUGGCAGCUUCCCUCGGCAGCUGGACCUUGACCUGUACCUAGGUGUUUACGCAGGUUUAACAACCACUUCAGUAGUGUUUGGCUUCCUUCGCAGCUUGGUCUUCUUUAAUGUCCUGGUGAGCUCAGCCCAGACCCUACACAACCGCAUGUUUAAUGCCAUCAUCAGGACCCCGGUGCACUUUUUCGAUUUCAAUCCAAUUGGAAGAAUCCUCAACAGGUUUUCAAAGGACAUCGGUUACCUGGACUCUUUGCUCCCAUGGACGUUUGUGGACUUUAUCCAGGUAUUUCUCCAAGUCCUCGGAGUGAUUGCAGUAGCUGCCAUCGUCAUCCCCUGGAUCCUUAUUCCUGUUUUUCCUCUUCUUGUUGUCUUCCUGUUUCUGCGACACUACUUCCUGCAGACUUCUAGGGACAUCAAGCGCUUGGAGUCUACUACACGGAGUCCGGUUUUCUCCCACCUUUCCUCCUCUCUCCAAGGUCUGAGCACCAUACGUGCCUUCAAGGCUCAGCAGAGGUUUCAGCAACUGUUUGAUGAAUAUCAAAAUCUUCACUCAGAGGCCUGGUUUUUAUUCCUGACUACCUCUCGCUGGUUUGCUGUGCGCCUUGAUGGAAUUUGUUCAAUUUUUGUUACCAUCACUGCUUUUGGCUGCCUUUACCUCAGAGAUGGAUUGGAGCCAGGUGCAGUGGGUCUGGCGCUGUCCUAUGCUGUUACGCUCACAGGCAUGUUCCAGUGGGGCGUCAGACAGAGUGCUGAGAUUGAGAACAUGAUGACAUCAGUGGAGAGAGUGUUUGAGUAUGCAGAGCUGGAGAGUGAAGCACCCUGGGAGACGGACAAAAAGCCUCCACAUGAUUGGCCCAAGACAGGCUUCAUCACCUUCGACAGAGUCAACUUCUCUUACAGCGCCAGUCAGCCUUUGGUCCUAAAGAACCUGACUGUUGUCUUCACAUCCAAAGAAAAGGUUGGCAUCGUUGGACGCACUGGUGCUGGUAAAAGCUCCCUGAUUUCUGCCUUGUUCCGGCUGGCAGAACCUGAGGGAAGAAUAAUGAUUGAUGGUUUUCUGACUUCUGAGAUUGGUCUCCACAGCCUGCGCCAGAAAAUGUCCAUCAUCCCACAGGACCCAGUUCUCUUCACGGGCACCAUGAGGAAGAAUCUGGACCCUUUCAGGCAGCACACAGAUGAGGACCUGUGGAAUGCACUCCAAGAGGUGCAGAUGAAGGCCGUGGUGGAAGAGCUGCCCAAUAAGCUCGAGAUGGUGCUGACGGAGUCAGGCUCUAACUUCAGCGUAGGCCAGAGGCAGCUGGUGUGUCUGGCUAGGGCUAUCCUCCGGAAAAACCGUAUCCUCAUUAUUGAUGAGGCCACAGCCAACGUGGACCCAAGAACUGACAGCCUCAUCCAGCAGACUAUCCGGGACAAGUUUCAAGAGUGUACAGUCCUCACGAUUGCUCACAGGCUCAACACUAUCAUUGACUCUGACAGAAUACUGGUUCUGGAUGCCGGCAGGAUCCAGGAGUAUGAUGAGCCAUAUGUGCUGCUCCAGAACCAGGAUGGGCUCUUUUACCAGAUGGUCCAACAGACAGGCAAGGCUGAAGCCGCCUCACUGCUGCACACAGCCAAACAGGUUUACAUGAACAAAAAGCGACUGACAGACGUGCACUGUGCCAAGGACAUCUGUGUCAUCUUUGAGACAUCUCUCUGA